CGGUAUGACAGAAAAAUGCAGUGUUUGACAUGGGGCUCUCCUUAGGCUUGCUGUGUCUCAUGCCACAGCCCUGGCCACUGGUUUUUGUUCCUGUAUGGGCAGAAAUCUGCCUCAGCAACAGCAUGAUUUAAGUCAAUUAUGUCAGUAAAAUGAUACAGUUGGAAAAUACUUCCUUCCUAUUUCUUUGCUGCUGCUAGCUUCAUUUGCAAUUUUCCUGCUGCGGUCAGAAGUAAGAGAGCAGUGGUGGCACAUCAUGUGCCCAGAGCAAGGAAGAGCACUUGCCCUUCUUCCCAGACUUACCAGCUGGGAAGGAGAUGAAUUCUAAAGAUCAAAAGCCCAGGAGCCCAGAGGAAGUCCAAAAGAUUGUUGCUUCAGGAACGGGAUGGGGGAAAGCCAGGACCUCCAUCAGGAUGCUUAAGUUGUCAGAUCUGGUUCCUUUCCAUUCCUUGGGUCUCCAUUUCUAUUCUGUCAGGAUGUAUGCAGGCACCAUGUGGAGAAGUUCCUGAUCACAGCAACUCACCUCUGCUUCCAAGCACACUGUCUUUUUUUUUCACUGUCCCAGGCACAUGAUGAAGGGUUGCCACUGCAGCACAGUGUAGGCUCCAUGGUGUUUAGGAUUGAAAUACACUUGGACACAGAGAAAUGUGCAUGUCUGGUGAAGUAAUAGGGCAAAAGUUUUCCACGUAGGCAGAUUUUCCUUGAAGGGGGAACUUAAAACGCAAAGAAAACAAACUCAAGCCCACUUCUGCCUCACAGAGCAACUGAAAAUAACAUCCUUAUUCAGCAUGCCUGCACUGUGACCGUACCCAUGGCUCUUGUCACACCUCUUUCAGUACCCUUUGCUACACUUGUUUCAGUAUCCUCACAAACCUUCCUGGCUCUUGACUCCUGCCAGCAGCUGCACAAGGUACAGGUAUCUGUUCUGCCCACUGCAUUGGCAUGUCUGGGGGCAGGCAGGCAUCAGGGUGGGGAUAGGUGAACCUUUGAAAUUUUUAUUGCUGGUAUUUAUUGGGUAGCCAUAGACAUGCUUCUGCUCAUCUGAGCUUUGGACUCAUCUAGCAAGAGCAGUUGUUAGGAAAAUGCAACAUUGUAGAAGCGCUGCAGAGUGCAGUCAGGUCAGAGGUAAUUAAUACAGUAAGUGACUUGACAGCGCUGAUAUAAGUUAUCUUUACAAGCCAUAAAGCAGGGCCUUUCCUGCACUCUUAACACAGAGGCUGGGGAGGGCGAGCUCGUUCCUGAUGAGACAAUAGUGCUUGGGAACAGGCGGCUGCGGAGAAACAGAGACAGCAAACCAGCGGAAAUCCGACCGCCUCGCUUUCACACGGAGCGCGAACACGAGAGGCGGACAGCGGCGACCCGGGGCGGGCUGCGGGACCAUCGGGGAGCGCACAGCUUCGGAGAGUAGAUGGGAACUGCUCUAAACAACAGCCACCUCAGAAACCCUUAUGCAGUUGAGUUUGACCUGUGUAACAAGGACAUGAUGGCGGACACAUUUGAUCAUAGUGUCAUUUCUGUUGGAGAAGAGGAAGAAGCCAGUUUCCAACGAUCCCUUCCAACACGAGAUUCCAUCCGAUCCCCUCGAGGCUCUGUUGUGAGUUUCCAUAACAUCCAGUACUCCGUUAAGCAGUCCAGUGGAUUCCUAUGUAGACGGAAGACUGUGGAAAAGAAGAUCCUUCAUAAUGUUUAUGGCAUUAUGAAGCCAGGCUUGAAUGCUAUCCUGGGGCCAACAGGGAGUGGCAAAUCUUCUCUGCUAGAUGUGCUGGCUGCCAGAAAGGACCCAGCAGGCCUGUCUGGAGAAGUGCUCAUAGAUGGCAUCCCACAGCCUCCAAACUUCAAGUGCAUCUCAGGAUAUGUUGUGCAGGAUGAUGUUGUUAUGGGCACAAUGACAGUGAGGGAGAACCUGCACUUCUCUGCUGCCCUGCGGCUCCCCAGCUCCAUCAGUUUUCAAGAGAAGGAAGAACGAGUCACACAGAUAAUUGGCGAGCUGGGAUUAAGCAAAGUGGCUGAUGCUAAGGUGGGAACUGAGCUGAUCCGUGGAGUGUCUGGAGGGGAACGGAAAAGAACCAACAUCGGGAUGGAGCUCAUCACGGAGCCACCAGUGCUUUUUCUGGAUGAGCCAACAACAGGCCUUGAUGCCAGCACAGCCAAUGCUGUCCUCAUCCUCUUGAAGAAGCUCUCUAGAAGAGGCCGAACAAUCAUAUUUUCCAUCCAUCAGCCCCGCUAUUCCAUAUUCAAGCUGUUUGACAGUCUGACAUUACUAGCUUUGGGUAAAGUGCUGUACCACGGUCCUGCAAAACAGGCCCUGGAGUAUUUUAGUUCUAUUGGAUAUGAAUGUGAACCAUUUAACAACCCAGCUGACUUCUUCCUUGAUAUCAUAAAUGGUGAUUCAACUGCUGUGGCAGCAAGCAAGGAAGAUAACAAACCUGCAGACACAGGGAAAGGAGUGAGCAAUGAAAAUGGAGGAAUAGAAGAGAAUGUAUCCAUCAGUGUGGUAGAUACACUACACCAGAAGUAUCUCAACUCCAGCCUGUAUGAGAGCACAAAGGAAGCACUGGGGAAAGUGGAGAUUAAACAGGAAAGAAAGAAGAAAGUAUCCAAAAAGGGGCAUGAGAUUACCUAUGCAAAUGGAUUCUUCACACAGCUGUAUUGGGUGUCCAACCGUUCCCUGAAAAACCUCAUUAGGAACCCACAAGCCUCAGUUGCACAGAUUGCAGUGACUGUAAUUCUAGCCUUGGUUGUGGGGGCCAUUUUUUUUGGAGUAAAAUUGGAUGAAAGUGGCAUUCAGAAUCGGGUUGGAUCCUUGUUUUUUGUCACCACAAACCAGUGUUUUUCCAGUGUCUCUGCAAUUGAGCUGUUCAUCAGAGAUAAAAAACUAUUUGUCCAUCAGUACACCAGUGGAUAUUAUCGUGUCUCUGCCUACUUCCUGGCCUUGAUGUUAGGAGAUCUACUGCCCAUGAGAACUGCUCCAGCCAUCAUAUUCUCGUGCAUCACUUACUGGAUGAUUGGAUUUCAAGCUGUAGCAGGCAGAUUCUUCUUCUUCAUGCUGGCCCUGGUAAUGGUGUCCUAUACUGCUACAGCCAUGUCUCUGGCUAUCAGUGCUGGGAUGGAAGUGGUUGCUGUAGCCAAUCUGCUCAUCACUAUUUGUUUUGUCCUGAUGCUUAUCUUUUCUGGCCUCCUCGUAAACCUCCCUUCUGUAAUGGGCUGGCUUAAUUGGCUCAAGUACUUCAGCAUCCCUCGAUAUGGCCUUACUGCUCUUCAAGUGAAUGAGUUUAGAGAUCUCUACUUUUGUGGUGACAAUUCAAAUGUUACAGUGUCUGUGGGAAAUGCAAGCACUUGUCCAUCAGUCACUUCAGGAGCAAGGUGCUCUGGUGAAGAUUACCUGAUCAGCCAAGGAAUCGCACCUACUAACAUGGCGAUGUGGGAAAACAUAAUAGCUCUUUUAUGCAUGACUGCUAUUUUCCUUCUCAUUGCCUAUCUCAAACUCCGGUUUAUGAGAAAGUUCACAUAAAUUCCUGCAUUGCCUUUCUUCACAGCUUCUCAGGUCUUAAAACUACAAAGCUUAUUAGAGCCUACUGGAUGUGGCCAAAGAUUUCAACUGACUUUACUGGACUUAAGAUGGGAAUCUUGCCCCAUUGUUUCUGGAGAAUGAUCUCCAUAUGAUUGUAUGAUUUUGUUUGUUAAGAAGAAAUGUAUUACUGUAAGAUUCCA